AUGGCAGUCCCCCCGAUAACCACGUCCACUGAAGACAGUGCCACAGAGCCGAUCAACGAUGCUGAUCGCUUUUAUUUUGAAGGGGGCUUGCGACGAGUCAAGCCCUACUUCUAUACCUACAACACAUACUGCAAGGAGCGAUGGCGGGGUAGGACGGUGUAUGACAUUUUUACAUCCGAGUUUAGAGAUCGCACAGCUGAAUAUUAUAAACAAGCCAUUGAAGAAGGCCGUGUCCUCAUCUCUGGAAAAGUCGCCAAUCUCGAUACCAUCGUUCCCAACGGAGCAAUCGUCUCGCAUUCCACCCACCGACAUGAACCUCCCGUUAGCUCUCAACCAAUCGGCAUAAUCCACGAAGAUGAUGACAUGAUCGUGAUUGAUAAACCGGCUGGAAUCCCAGUCCACGGCGCAGGAAGAUAUCAUUACAACUCCAUCAUCGAAAUCAUGAAAGCAGACCGUCCCGGCUCCAAGAUUCUGCCUUGUAAUCGACUGGAUCGAUUGACGUCUGGUGUAAUGUUCAUCAGCAAGAAUGCCAGAGCCGCCGAGGAGUUCUCCGCCCAGCUCAAAGAGCGUAGUGUGCAAAAGGAGUAUGUGGCCAGAGUCAGUGGGCGGUUUCCUGAUGGCGUUGUGCUUUGCGAUCAACCCAUCAUGGCCGUUAGUCCGAAACUGGGGUUGAAUCGGGUUCGUGCUGCUGGCAAGGAAGCUAGGACUAAGUUUCGUCGCAUAGCCUACUAUCCAGUCUCACCAAAAAAGAGUGUUGAUGCUACAACGGCAAGCGGAGAUCGUCCAGCUACGCCACCAGCUACAACCACCGAGGAAGAAGGAUACAGUAUCGUGCACUGUCUCCCUCUGACAGGCCGCACGCACCAAAUUCGAGUCCAUCUCCAGUUUCUGGGAUACCCAAUCUCCAAUGAUCCCAUAUACUCUAACCGCCGUGUCUUCGGACCUAGUCUGGGUAAACACGAUGACAGCGCCGAAAACGAUAAGGAGAUCAUCGAUCGACUCUCAAACAUGGGCAAAACAGAAUUAGCAGACACAACUACAUACCGCACCCAUCUUACAUGCCCACCAGCCGUGGCACCGGACACAGAUCCGAAUAUCAUUGAAGCCAUCAUGUUCCGUGAACACGAAGCUGCUGUAGAGGACUACCACAAACGCAAAGGUGAGAGACUUUCUGGCGAAAUCUGCAAGGAAUGCGAUGCGCCACUCUACACAGAUCCCGGUGCGCAUGAACUAGGGAUUUUCCUUCAUGCAGCCCGAUAUUCAGAUAAUAAUGGUACAUGGAAAUACAAAAGUGCGCUACCGUCGUGGGCUUUCCCGCCGCCAGAUAUGGAGGGACCUACCUCAAUUCCGGACUGGCGCGAUCCAGGCGAGGGCGAGGAAUUGAUCAUCAACAAUGGGUUUGCGGGUUCUAAACCUGAGAAUCUUGCUGGUGGUGGUCAGGACGGGGAGACCAGGGAAGAUGAUGUCCUGGCUCUUGUGCGAGGGGUUGGUAUGGUCAAUCUUUCGCAGAAGUUGAGGGAUGGGAAGGAUGUGACAAUUGAAUAGACGACAUCAUAUGGAACUGCUUUUUGUAAAUAAUUCUUGCAUAGGGAGCAAUCCAUACUCAAAAGUUACACAUCU